GCAGAAGGAAAACAUAGAAGGGCUAUAAAUCAUCUGAAGUUCUAUCCUCAUAAAAAGUUAUGAGAGAGGCAAGAUAAGAACCUUGUCUGAAAGCACCCUUCCGUUUUGCCUGCAGGGCUUGGCUCUUUCUAGCAGUCUUUUGCUGCUUACUCAAACAUUUCACUAAGUGGCUUCCUUCUCUUGUCUGUCUCUAAUUAUGUCUUUGUUUCAAGCAUUACAGGAAAUGGGCUGGUGAAGAUUUCUUGAGAAUGGCCACUUUUUAAGCAGAGUAUCUCUUGAGUGCCAGUUUGGCCAUGGAUUCGGAGUCCUGUACCCGAGCUUUCUCCCAGGCUCGAGUGUAUCUUGAGCAAAUUCGAAGCCGGGUUGCACCAGGGGCUGUUGAUAUACAUGGAACUGGGAAGCGGGACUACCUGGUGGAUGCCGCAAAGCAGAUCCGUCUGGCUUUGGAGAGGGAUGUAAGUGAGGACUAUGAAGAAGCAUUCAACCACUACAAGAAUGGUGUGGAUGUGUUGCUCAAUGGAGUGCAAGUUGAGCCUAACAAGGAGCGUCGUGAAGCUGUGAAGCGGAAGAUCACCCAAUAUUUGAAACGUGCAGAAGAAAUCUUCAUUUGCCAUCUACAACGGAAUCUGGGGAAUGGAAAUUCAACUGAAACGGGUUACAGCAGCCUUCGCUUUCGGCCCAUUAGGACUCUCAGCACACCAGUGGAGAACCUGAAGCGCUGUAAAGUUGUGGGAAUCAUUGACAAGGUGCAGUUAGUGCAGGAUCCAGCUACAGGGGGGACUUUUAUACUGAAGAGCCUUCCCAAAUCUCACGUGGAGACCCGUGAAAGACAGACAAUCAUCCCACAUGGGAUCCCUUUUAUGGCUGAAUUGUUGUGCUAUUCUGUGAGUGAGGAUUCCAUCUUCCUCCACUUGGAACAUGUGAAAGGGGGGACCCUCUGGUGUCAUCUUCACUCACAGCCUCAUUUACAGAGCAAUGCCUCAGACUCCUCUCAUGCAUUAAAUCCAAAACUCAGCUUGGCUUUGGGACAAACCAGUGAGGAAAGCUUUGUCAGAAACUCUCAAGAAGCUGAUUCUGUAUCCCAGCAGAGCUGCAGCAUCUAUCAUGAGAACAGAGUUGGCCCUACUCAUGUAAAUCCCCGCCUGCUGAGAAGUGAUGACCAUUCAUUUACUUGGUCAACCACUAAAACCAUGACCAACCAUAAAUGGUCCAUUGAACCUACAAGUGGGCCACAGGAAGUUGCUGGAGGAAAGGAAUUAUGUGUAUCACGUGCUUUGUUUGGUGCUACAGAACUGGGUUUGAAGCAAGUGCCUCAGGGACAUAGAUACUUGACCAACCAGGGUCUGAUUUUCCAGUCAUGGGACUCAGUUGCUGCAGUUGAUUAUAUUGGCAGCAUACCUGAGAGAGCCACCCCUCAGCAGGAACCAAAACUACUUACAGGCGAGCAAUGUGGUGGGUCUCAUCUGAAGGCAGAAAGAAGGCAGUUGCGAGAUGAAAGGUGCUUUAUGCAAGAAGAGUCAAUUCUUGAUCAAAAAAAGCACAAAAGCCAACUGCCUUCAGAGCAUCAGGGGUUUCUUGCACAUCUGGCUGUCCAAAGGCACAGUUCUGGAACUUGGAAUAUAAAGGAGGACCAGAUCCAGGUCUGGGCAGCUGAACUGAUUUUAGCCCUGGAGGGUCUCCACCAACAGGGGGUCCUAUGCCAAGAUCUCAAUCCACGGAACCUGCUUCUGGAUGAUACUGGUCACAUCCGUCUCACAUACUUUGGCCAGUGGAGCGAGGUAGAGCGGCAAUGUUGCACCCAGGCACUGGAAGAUUUAUACUGCGCGCCAGAGGUGGGUGGAAUUUCUGAGCUGACAGAAGCCUGUGACUGGUGGAGUUUUGGUGCAUUGCUCUAUGAGCUACUGAGUGGAACAUCUUUAGCCCAGAAUCACCCCUCAGGGAUCCAUCCUCACACACAGCUUCACCUUCCAGAAAGACUCAGCCAUUCUGCUUCCUCUCUGCUUUCAGAGCUGCUGCAGUAUGAACCCAAUCAACGUUUGGGCUCUGGAGAGGAGGGAGUGAACAAGAUCAAGUCACACCCUUUCUUCAGUACUAUCCAAUGGAACAAGUUGGUUGCAUCAUAAGAACGGAGUGUGGGGAACAGUCAUGCUGCCAGAAUGCAAGACCUAGCAGCAGUCUUUGCUACAUGAGCCAAACCCAUUCAAAAGCACCUACCCUCCUGUAAAGUGUCUGGGGCCAGAUGACCCUGGGUGGUACUAGUAGUGCUGCUGCUCUGGAGGUAAUCUGCAGAGCUGGACCUGGUCCUAAUUGUUUAGUCCUGAGCUGCUCCUCUUCCACUUCCAAGCUAUUAACAGCUGCAGAUCAAGCUGAGCAUUAGAAGAAUAUUUAUGACCCUGAAACUAUUGUCAAAGAAUCUAGCCUAAGUAAGAUUGUUAAGUAUUGUGUAAAAGCAUGUUUAAGGCCAAAUGCUAAGGCCUCAUAUUUGGUGCUCCUUAAGGAAUUUAAAUAGGACCUCAUUAUUUCUUGCCCUUCAUGACAGGCUUAAAUCAGACAUGGCUCAAUGGGGUAGCUUUCCUCACAGCUACUACUCCUUGCACCCCUAUUCGAGCUCACCUUUUAGUGCUGCUGCUAUUUUUCCUUGCUUUGCAGUUGUAUCUGCUCUAUCACUUCUCAUUUUAACUUGAAGCAUUUUGCUAUUCUACAUGAGCUUAACCCAUCCCAAGUUAGUGGUGCAUUUCUUCAAAAGUGGCACUAGAUGGAUGUCUUUGGGUAACAAUCUAUUUCACAGCUUGCAUGUGCACCCUUUACAUUUUGCUUCUUCUGCAGAAUGAAGACAGCUAUUACUGAGAGGGGGAAUUGAACAAAUGCCUCUCUUUGUGACCCCUUCUCUGUGGAUCUUCCAUUUUCUUGUCCAUGAAUGUUUUAAAAUCCAAUAAAAGCGCAUAGCACAACAA